AUGUCCGACCUUAUACGGGAUGCCUCAAUCGGGCAGGUCAUUCGUUUCCUAAGUCGGGGCCGAUACCUCAAGUAUCCAGAGGAGAAGGAGGGCUUCAAACUGCCAGACGCUUGGAUUCAAAUGGUUCACGAUCUGGAAUCUCCAUCCGCCAAAAUCGCCCCUGACGCAACCACCGCUUCCGAGUCCGGCUCAACAGUUCUCAAUGGCGAGGGUAAGCAACCUCGGAGAAGCACAGCAGAUGACGAGAAGCCAUCACCCCCUCCAAGAGAUAGUAUGGAGGAUAUCCAGAUCGAGCAGGCUCAUAAUGACGAAGAGAACAACAACAUGGCCAUUCAGAGAACCAAGUCCAUACCGAUUGUUCCCCGAAGAACCAAAGAUGGAGCAAUCCUAGUCGACUGGUACUACACCGAUGAUCCAGAAAACCCACACAACUGGACCAUCAAGAAACGAUUGGUGACCACUCUGAUCAUUUGCCUCUACACAUUUGUCGUAUACACAACUUCUGCCAUCUAUGUGCCCUCCACGGAAGGCAUCAUGAAGCAAUUUGGCGUGAGUUCGAUCGUGGCCACACUGGGUCUUGCAUUGUACGUCUUGGGCUACGGUGUUGGCCCUCUCCUCUUCUCCCCCUUGAGUGAAAUCCCACGCAUCGGCCGCAACCCAGUGUACAUCGUAACCAUGUUCCUCUUCGUCAUCCUCUCGAUCCCCACCGCCUUUGUAGGCAACUUCCCGGGCCUGGUGGUGCUGCGGUUCCUCACAGGAUUCUUCGGUUCCCCCUGCUUGGCAUCAGGUGGUGCUUCUCUGGGCGAUAUCUAUAGCUUCCGCGCUCUGCCUUACGCCAUGAUGGCUUGGGUAUCUGCAGCAUACUGCGGACCCGCACUGGGUCCCCUUCUGAGCGGCUUCUCGGUGCCAGUCAUGGGCUGGCGCUGGUCACUCUACGAAUCCAUCUGGGCUUCUGCUCCCGUCGGCAUCGCAAUGUUCCUCUUCCUCCCCGAGACCAGCUCGCCCAACAUCCUGCUGCGCCGAGCCCAGCGGAUCCGCAAGCUCACCGGUAACGAGCGCUUCAUGUCGCAGAGCGAGAUUGACCAGCGAAACAUGAAGUUCUCCCAUGUCUUUCUCGAUGCGCUCAUCAAGCCCCUCGAGAUCACCAUCAAGGACCCUGCAGUCAUGUUCGUCCAGGUCUACACGGCCAUCAUCUACGGCAUCUACUAUUCCUUCUUCGAGGUCUUCCCCCUCGUCUACCCCGUCUACUACGGCAUGAACCUCGGCCAGAUCGGCCUCGUCUUCCUCUGCGUCCUCGUCUCCUGCCUCCUCGGCGUCGCCAGCUACGUCGCCUACCUCUACUUCGUCCAGGACCCCCGGACCGCAAAGUACGGCAUGGGCAAGCAGGAGGACCGCCUCAUCCCCGCCCUCCCGGCCUCCGUGGGACCUACGGUAGGGCUCUUCCUCUUCGCCUGGACCGCCCGCGCCUCCAUCCACUGGAUCGUCCCCACCAUCGGCAUCACCAUCUACGGAGGGACCGUCUUCGUCGUCAUGCAGUGCAUCUUCAUCUACAUCCCCUUGUCCUACCCCAUGUACGCCGCCAGCCUCUUCGCCGCAAACGACUUCUUCCGCAGCGCCCUCGCCUGCGGGAGCGUCCUGUUCGCCCACCCGCUCUUCGGCAACCUCGGCGUGGCCAGGGGCACCAGUCUGCUCGGCGGGCUGAGCGUCAUUGGUAUCAUUGGUAUCUGGCUGCUGUACUUUUACGGCGCCAAGCUUCGGUCGCUCAGUAAAUUCGCCAUUUCUACGACGCCUACUUUCUAG